AUGAACGUGCUGGCUCCGGUCCGCAGGGACAGGGUCAUCGCCGACCUGCCCCCGUGUUUUCGGAAGGAGGCCGCCCUGCACACCCGCCCCGCCUUCCACCCCACAGUGGCCAGCGCCUGCCAGGAGGAGCGGACGGGCACCGUGGGGUUCAAGAUCUCCAAGAUAAUCGUGGUGGGAGACCUCUCGGUGGGGAAGACCUGCCUGAUCAACCGGUUUUGCAAGGACACUUUUGAUAAGAACUACAAGGCGACCAUUGGGGUGGAUUUCGAGAUGGAGCGGUUUGAGGUGCUGGGGGUGCCCUUCAGCCUGCAGCUGUGGGACACGGCUGGCCAGGAGCGUUUCAAGUGCAUCGCCUCCACCUACUACCGGGGAGCACAGGCCAUCGUGAUUGUCUUUGAUGUCAACGAUGUGGGGUCCCUGGAGCACACACGGCAGUGGCUGGCUGACGCCCUGAAGGAGAACGACCCAUCCAACGUGAUCCUCUUCUUGGUGGGGUCCAAGAAGGAUUUGAGUACACCAGCACAGUACAGCCUGAUGGAGAAGGACGCUCUCAAGGUGGCCCAGGAGAUGCAGGCAGAGUACUGGGCUGUUUCCUCACUCACUGGAGAGAACGUGCGGGAUUUCUUCUUCCGAGUGGCAGCCCUGACCUUUGAGAGCAGCGUGCUGGCUGAGCUGGAACGUGGCAGCAACACCCGCAGGAUCGGCGACACCGUGCGGAUCAGCAGCAAGGAGAGUGACCUGUACCUGUCAACGCCCCGCAAGAAACCCAAGUGCUGCCAAUGA